AGGGUAAUUGAAAGAUGGAAUUGGCCAGCUAGGGAGCUAGGGACUUUCUAGGGAUAUUGUCUUUAAUGGAUAUCUAGGGCUAAGCUAGGGUUUUCGGCAAAAAUAUAGGGAAAACGUCAGCUUUUUUCAAAAAUUGCCGCCUGCGCCAAAAUUCUGCUUUUUUUCAUAGUUUAUAAUUAUUGUUAAAGAAAAGCAUGCAACGCAGCACAACACUGGCAAAUUUUCAGCAGAACAGCAGAGAGAAGCAGACGACAGUAUUUUGUAAAAUUCUAGAUUUCAAAUAUUUGAAUUUGAACAUUCAAACUACUUUUUUUCUGAAUAGAAUUAAUUGAUUUUUUAAGUGUAGUGAUUGAUUUCUAUUCCAGAUUAUUUUCCCACAAAGACAGUAAUGUCAGACCCUGAACUAAUAUCAGUCGAUCUUUGUGCUGGUGAAUCUACUAGUCUUGAUGUCAUUGAAGUCGUUGUACCCACAAACAUUCAAAAUGAUAAAGAAAGAGACGGUCGCAAUAAAGUGAGCAUUAGUGGAUGUGGAACAAAGGCCAAACAGAACUACAAACAGACUUCCGCACAAAACUUGUCAAAGUUCCUGUUAGUACGUCUCUUCCAGUAGCAGUGUCUCUUCCAGUAGAAGUGUCUCUUCCAGUAGCAGUGCCUCUUCCAGUAGCAGUGUUACCUAUUCCUACUUGCACAUCACCAUCAUCUAGAACAACGGAAGAGAUAUGUGCAACUUCAAUAGUCGUAACCAAUCCUGAUUUUGCUUCACCAGACUCGACAGAGCCCAGCAAAAAGAAGAAACCAUAUUACAGACAAAAAUUUGUCGACAAAUGGCUUGCAGAAGAAGAAUUCAAACCAUGGCUGGAAAAAAGGCUAAGUCCAUCCAAAAACUGCUUGACAGCCUAUUGCAAGUUUUGUUGCGUAGAAUGUACAAAUGGCCGCUCUGAACUCGUUCGACAUAUGGCUACCCGCAUUCACUUGCAGCAGGGAAAUACGUGGGCGUUGAAGCUGGUGGAACAGCAACGGAGUACGAUGCAAAGGUUUGUCAGCGGCUCCACCAAGCAAGCAGAACUAGAGGGAAGACUGACUCUCUUCAUCGCGGACAACCACCUUGCUCUUUCUGUCAUUGACAGUUUAAGCGACCUUUUGAAGAAAUGUUUUCCAGAUGACGAAAGAGUUCGUAAGCUUGCUUUAAAGAAACAAAAACUAGGAAACAUCGUUCGCUAUGGUUUUGGAGAUCAUCUGAAAAAGGAUCUGGUGAACACCUUGAAAGAGGUUUUUUUCUCAAUUAUUAUUGACGAAACGACGGAUGUCUCAGUAAAGGGACAAUUAGCGUGUGUAGUGCAGUAUUGGUGCCUCGACAAACACAUGCUGGUUGUUAAACUGCUCGACUUAAUUGAAGUCGAAUCGGCAACCGCUGAUGGGUUAUCUACUAGUGUUUUAAAAUUGCUGGAAAGAGAAAAUAUUCCACUGGAGAGAGUCAUCGGGUUUAGUGCCGACACCUGCAGUACAAUGUUUGGAAGGCAUCAUUCCGUUUCCACUCUGUUGACCUCUGCUUUGCCGAACCUUUUAACCGUAAAGUGUUCAUGCCAUUCCAUGAAUCUUUCGGCUUCAUACGCUUGCAAGAGGCUUCCUGUAGACAUUGAGGAUGGUCUGCGCGGUGUUUUUAACCACUUUAGCCACAGCACAGCUCGCCGACGUAAUUUUUCCGCCUUUCAGGAGUUCGUUGGAGUCGCAAAAAAUAGAAUCUUGUCCCCCGGACAAACAAGAUGGCUAUCGCUUGAGGCCUGUGUCUGGCGUGUGAAAGAUCAGCUACCGGCAUUGAAAGAAUAUUUUGAAUCUGAGUACCAAGAGUCGAAUACUCAAACCAACAAAGCGGUUAUAGCUUCCUUAAAGCAUCCAUUGACCGUUCCUUUUUUGCUUUUUGUUGGUCAUGCCUUAAGCCAGAUGAACGAAGUUAACACCCAAUUCCAAUCAGAGUCUCCACAACUCCAUCUCCUAAAAGGAGCUAUUGAGGGACUUAUGCAGAGCUUUGCAACAAACUUCAUGAAUCCAAGGUACGUCAUCAGCCGUGAAGUUGCAAAAAUUGACGUGUGGCUUACAUCGGAGUACGUUAGCCUUAGAAAGGUUUAUCUCGGAGAAGCUGCCAAUCAAUGGAUCCAAAAGUGCACUGAAUUGAGCACUGAAGACCUUGAUUAUAUUUUCAAGCUAUGUCGGAGCUUUUACAUCGAAGCUUUUCUACAGCUUCAACAACGAUAUAGCUUCAAGGACAGUUUUUUUGCAAUAGCUGAUCUCUUACAUCCCAAAAAUGCCCGUAGUUGUGAGCCUUCUAAUUUAACUUCUCUUUUCCAGCGUUUUCCUGUUUUAGGAAAGAAUAUUAACACGUCAAAAGCCGAACUGGACUGGCGAUCCCACAUUCAUCUUGAACCUGAGUUUUUUGGUUGCGCCAACGAUGGCUCGGUGAGACUCCUUGAUGCCGAAAGUUACUGGAGUACUGUUUUGAAAUGCAAAACUCCAAAUGGUAGUACGAAGUGUCCAAACUUGGCCGUUUGUAUUGCUUUUUUUUUUUUCAAUGCCGUACAGCAAUGUUGCAGCUGAGAGGGUUUUUAGUAUGCUCAAGCUUAUUAAAACUGAUGGUAGACAUUCAUUGCAUAAUAUUACAUUAUCUAGUCUAAUGCGGAUUAAAGAUUGGCUGAAAGUAACUGGAAGCGUUUUGUCUGUUGUUGCUAAUCAAGCUAUUGAGCCUGGCAUCAGAAGUGGCGUAGAUGGAGCUUGCCAAACUCCUGAUGUUCUCCCUUUUUAACUGUGUGCUGUUCCCUUUUAUGUGAGUAAUUUAAAAGUUAUAACCUAGUCUCCGCCUCCGUAAAUGUUGCAGUUUGACGAGGAGCUGUCAUUAUCUAAUGUUUUUCAAUGUGCAAUUCGGAAUACAAAGAAUCUGGUCGGA